UAUUUGAUUAUUUCCCAGAUUGACAGAAUACAAAACAAACACCUUUGGCUGAACUACCAGAUCCGGAAGAGCAGCAUUGACGACAAGAACGGGAGGAGCGACAACGAGAGAUUGCUUUUCCACGGGACGGACGCCAAGACCAUCGAACACGUGAACAAGAACGGAUUCAACAGAAGCUAUGCCGGAAAGAACGAUGCGAAGAUCGGGAAGGGGACGUACUUUGCUGCUGAAGCAAUUUAUUCCUCGGAUGACACAUACUCCUUACCUGACCCAUCCAGCGGCCAUAAGCACAUGUACCUGGCCCGGGUCCUCACCGGCAUCUUCUGCGUGGGACGUGCCAAUAUGGUUGCCCCUCCACCCAAGGAUCAGACCAACCCCACCGACCUGCACGACAGCGUAGCAGACAGCACCGCAAAUCCCACAGUGUUUGCCAUAUUUAGUGACAUCCAGGCCUAUCCCGAGUACCUCAUCACCUUCACCUACUGA